UGAUGUCAAAUAAAACUAUAAUAACUACAAUUACUAGCACAAAAACAGAGAUGUGGCGAAGUCGUUUAGGCUCUGCUUUAAGGGCCGCCAUAGCGUGCACCAUAGUUGGUUGCACCUCAAUCUAUGGCCCCAAACCUCUCCGGCCCUACUUCGAGUUUUCCACUUAUUCUUAUGUCACCACUGUUCUAAUAGUCUCAGAUGCCACACUCGGUGAAACACUAAGAGGUUGCUGGCAUGUCCUAUGUGCCACCAUGCAGGCUAUGAUCAUUUCACUUCUUAGCCUCCUUGUGAUAGGACAUGGCAACUUCAACAACCGUGUGGCUGCGAUGGCAGUUGCGGCUGGUUCCUUUUUCGUGGCGCUGCCGGAAUCAGUGGAACUUAGGACUAAGCGGAUUGCAUUUGGGCAGCUAGUGAUUGUUUAUGUGAGUGCAGUGAUAGAUGGUAAGAAAGAAGGAGUGACAGUGUUCCCAGUUCAUGUGGCAACCUCUACUGCCCUUGGAGCUGUGGCUUCAGUUUUGGCCAUGUUGUUGCCAUAUCCUCACCUUGCAUAUUUUGAGGCGAGGAAAUUCUACCAAUUAUACAUUGAGAAUACUUCUGAGAGGCUAAAUUGCAACAUAGAAACCAUCUCUGCCUCAGACCACUCAACUGCUGUUACUUUCUUCAAUCAAGCCAAGUCCCUCUCCGUAGUAGGACCCAAACUUUUCCAGAGAAUAAAAAGCAACCUGAAUGGAAUACAUUGGGAAAGGCCUCACAAUCCCCAUUGUAUUGAUCCAAAGGAAAGACUGCAAGACUUGGAGGUACCAAUCAGAGGGAUGGACAUUGCUUUAUCAAGCUGCACUUCUUUUCCCAUCAGUAUCAUCGAUGAGGAGCUCAGGGGUACCUUGCUCAAUUGCAGAGGAAGAUUCAGCCAAGAAUUAGAUCAGCCAGAUAAGUUAUUUCCACCUCUUGAUACAAACACCACCUCUGAAAGCAAGAAGGAAAUUUUGAAUAAAAGCAUUUCCAAAGCCUAUAAGGAUCUGCCAACCUCAUUCUUCUUGUACUGUUUGCAACUUCUCUUCGAGAACUCCCCUGUAGCAAAGAAAACUAACCAUGUGGCCGAAAACCCUCCAAAAGAUGAUGAUUCCAAAGGGAUUUUCAGAAAGAUAAGAGAGGUUUCUAUGAAGUCAAUCCCCAGCAUGGACAGCUUGGUUUUUGCAUUCAAGUGCUCACUUACAUUAGGCCUUGCUAUGCUAUUUGGGUUGACAUACAGCAAGGAAAGUGCAUAUUGGUCAGGGCUCGCGGUCGCCAUCAGUUUUGAUCCUAGACGUCAACCAACAUUCUGGGCUGCAAAUGCACGUAUGCAGGGAACAGCAAUGGGUUCAAUCUAUGGGGUUCUAUGUUGCUUCAUUUUCCAAAAGUAUGUAGAUUUAAGGCUCUUGCCUCUUUUGCCAUGGGUGGUUUUCUAUACAUUUAUAAGGCAUAGUAGAAUGUAUGGGCAAGCUGGUGCAAUUUCAGCCGUUAUAGGGGCCUUACCUAUCCUUGGUAGGGAGCACUAUGGCCCUCCAAAACAGUUUGCAAUUGCAAGAAUAGCUGAGGUCACAAUUGGACUCAUUUGCUUUGUCAUUGUAGAGAUACUAAUGAGUCCUUCAAGAGCAGCAACUCUUGCAAGAACUGAACUUUCUCGAACCUUGAGAGCACUUCAAGAUUGCAUUGGCAAGAUCGCUAUUAAUGUUCCUAGAGAAAACGACAAAUUGUCUUCAAGUUCUCAAGUACUGAGAGCAGCACAGAAAAAUAUGAGAUGUCUGGUGUCUCAAAUGGAAGCAUUCAUAGUAGAAGCUGAGUUAGAACCAAACUUCUGGUUCGUUCCAUUUCAUGGUGCCUGCUACCGAAAGAUGAUCCAAUCGCUGUCAAGGAUGGCAGACCUCUUUCUAUUUGUGGCAUACUCAAUGGAACAUAUCUCACAGUUGUCACAGCAGGAAGGAGGGUCAUGGGUGAAUCUCCAAGAUCAAAUGCAUGAGAAUAUACAAAUUGUUAAGAACAAUGUCUGUCCUAAACUGAAAUUCUUUGAAGAGAUAACCAAAAUCAAGUCUCUCACAGAACUAGAAAAGGAAUGGACGAAAAGAAACGUUCCUUGCGACAUUGAAUCAGGAGGAUAUCCCAAUGCAGAUACAUUUAGGACCAUGUCUGGGGAUGAGGAAGUGCAUAGCAUCACAGGGACUUUCCUCAAACACCUGGAGGACAUAGCUACCAAAACUCACACCAACACAAAUGAAGAGAUGGUUAAAUGCCAAAUGCUUUUUCAUUACAGUUGCUUAGGAUUCUGCACUAGUAACUUGGUGAGAGAAAUAAUGAAGAUUGAGAGUGAAUUAAGAGAACUACUAAUUUGGGAGAAUCCAUCAAGUCAUGCAAACAUGAAAGAAAUUUAUUGUAAGAUCAGCACACUCUGUUCGUGGUAAAUGAUCACAAGUCACGAAAAGU